GGAAAUGACGUACGAACGCUUUGAAUAAUGCGAGCUAAUAACAAACAUUAGCUAGCCUUAGUGACAACUGCACACAUUCGCCUCUCCUCUUAAAUUUGGGGGCUUGUUUCCAAGAUUAAUGAAUACCUGACCUCUUUUGCGGAGAACGCAAUGGACCUCCACAAAAUCAUCCACGGUGCGCUGCACGAAUUUAUCCAGACUUACAUUCCUGAUGCAGAUAUUAGCACACUGGAUGAUGUUCUUCUGUCUUACAUCACUGGUGUCUUGGAGGACCUUGGCUCUCAGCAGAGUGUUGAAGAGAACUUUGAUGUGGAGGUCUUUGCAGAAAUGUUGGAAGCUUACAUUCCUGGAUUCGCUGAAAUUGAUAGUGUCAAGGUUUGUGAAAUGAUGUUCAGUCUGGCUUCAAAACUUGCCACUGCUCGGACAACAGUUUCAGCUGAAGGAGAAAAUGAUCCCCCUAAUACGAGGUCAGAGCAAACUUCCCAGAAACUCACCAGCCUGCACAGCGAUCCUCCAGGACAAGAACUGCUGUGCCUUAAAACACAGACAGAGGGCGCCACUGCCAAGGUCCCAGUGUCUGAGUGGGAGUCCCAGGAGAAGCACCUGCUGGAGAUGUUUCCAAAGUGCAGCUUGUCUGAGGCUCGAAGCGCCCUCUCCAUUGCCAAAGGAGACAUGGAGGAAGCUGUGCGCCUUAUCAUAGAGGGCGAUGUCCAGCUCAGCCCCACCCCUCCUAAUAUCAACCAUGGAAAGAGUAUUUCCUCCGUGGCAGACCAAAAACUAAAAGAAAGCAUCCUGGAAAAGUACAUGCUAGUGGACAGGGAAGAAGACAAAAAAAUACACAGGCCUGUUGCCCCCAAAGACGCUCCAAAGAAACUAGUUCGCUACCACGGUAACCAGGUUGUAACUACAAAGGGAGAGCGAUAUCAACUUGUAAAGAAAAAUGAGACUGAGGAUAUGAAGAAAACAUACGUCAGUCUCAAACCAGCACGAAAGUACAGGUUCCAUUGACGAUGUGCAGAACACUGGAAGAGCAGCUAAUGACAAUGUUGUUUACAGGUUUGUUUGUUUUUUAGCUUCAUUUUAGCCUCGAUUUCUUUUCUCUUUUUUUUUCAGUUAAAGCUUAACAUUUUUUUGUGUGGCAGUUGCAUAUGUUGCAAUAUUGUUACCAUUAAAUGCCUUGGUUUAAAUUUAAAAAAGGUUAGUCACAUAACUGUCAACCUGAUGAGCAUUUGAAGCUUUAUUGUUUGGUGGCUGGAAUAACUUUUGUUUCUGUUUCCGACUAACAGGAUUUGUUUUGGUCACUUCAGCAGGUCUGAUGUUGCACUUAGAGACUGUUUUUUUUCUUUUACUUAUUUCCCUAAACUAUUUUGUUUCCACACUCGCAAUCAUGUCUUCAAGUUAUUAAUGGGUCCAUAGUCAUGUUUGUAAGCUCUUGUGGUGCUGUGGACUUCUGAAUAAUCAAAUAACUGGUUUUGUUAUUUUUACUUUUCUUUUUCUCCAGUGUCAUCUCAAACAUUUUUGAUCCUGUUUUUAAAUCAGAGUAUUAGGGGUGAGGGAGUCUUUCUUUAGACUUAGUUUUAGUAACUUUUUAUGCAAGAAAAUGAUUUUAAAAAUAUGACAAAGUGUCAAGUUUUUGGUUUUUGGUUCUGAACCAGCUUUUGUUUUUGUAGGAGUUUAUUUAGCAAUUAUAUAUACUUUUGGACAUGAAUACAAGGUGUUGCUAUUGAAUCUUAAAACUGUGAGUGCUCAGAUUAGCUGGAAUAAGUGGUUUUUGCUUACAGGGACUCAGCUGUGCUGAAUAAAAGCAUUAGUUAAAAAAGGAAGGUUGCUUUGAACAUUACAUAAGGGCCCAAAUCAUAAACAUAACACAAACAUUUAAGAUAGGGUUGAUACUCCUUGGAAAUAUAUUUUGGAAUGUUAGUGUAGUUAAUAAUUACCUUUUUAAGUGUUGCCAUAUUGGUAAGGAACAUGCAAUUGGAGGAUGAGUUGCUCCCAUGAAAAAAAAAGCCAAAUCUUCCUUUAUUACUCCAGCUUAUACUGCCAUUCACUCUUGUUUGGUGGACUAGAUAAAUGAAGACAUUUUGGUUAUUUUUAUUAAUGUAUUCAUUUCAUAAACAGGAGCCUUAAUAGUAUGUGGAAAAACAGCAAACAGUUUGGCACCUCCUCCUCAUGCUAGGCUAGUCACAGCACAGCUAUGGGAUAUGUUUGAGAAUGUCGGUGCAGCCAGAUGUUUAAAAGAAAAAGGUCUUUAACGAGAGCAGAAAAGCUAUUUUUUGAGAGACCCACAUACUCCGUUCUGCUGCUGAUCUCAAAUGCAUGUUACAACAAAGAAAUAAUCCACCAAACAUUAAAGUUCUUACUUAAUGUGCUUUGUUUACUUCAGGAUAACCAUGAACUCGUCAUUUUUUUAAUGCUCUUUGUGAUUCACACUACAGAUCUCUAACAAAAUGGUCAUUUCAGAUUACUGUCACUGGUCAAAGAACUGCAGCUGCAGAGGACAUUUGUUUCAUAAAGAGAACGGUUGUCAUUGAAAAUGACUAGUAGGGAAACCUGUCAGAACAGAUUUGAAAGAAUGGGUUUCACUUCGAGAAACUAAGUAAUAUUUAGCUUUUUGUAUUGUGUGAAGUAAUUACGUAAAACUGCAGUAGAAUAACUGGUUCAUCAUCAGCAGGAAUACAAGAUGCCUCCUGUUUUAAUGUGUGUAUUAUUCAUGUGUUACACCAUAGGACAGGUUUAAAUAUGAACAUUUUUCCAUCCUUCAGUAUUUUUUUUUUUUAAACAAAAGCAUUUGGUGUAUAAUGAAAUGCAAACGCUGGGAUUGUGAGCUGCUCAAAAACUGAUUCUGUCAAGUACACGCAUAAGUGGUUCAAAAUACUGUGAUGUCUUGGAGACGUUUCCAGCAAACACCAAGUCUUUGUAUGUUUGAGAAAGAAGAAAAGAUGGUUCAGGGGUGACUGUCCUCCCAUUCUUCUUUUUUCUGGAACUGUUUUCACCUUCAUUUCUGCUGUGGUUCUCUCAAAUAUUUAAUCAUUUUUGCUUCUGUUGUGGCUCUCUGUUGUGAAAAUAGAUUUCUGGUUGGCUGUAUAUAAAGAUGAAAAAGUUGGUGAAGUUUUCUCUCCCAGGAUAUAUUUGUUUUCUGUAUCCUUAUAAAGCAAGUGAUUUGGCUUUGUAUUGUACCAGUACUGAAACGAUGCGUUACUGAUCAUGGGCAGCAGCGAUUUUGUUUUUAGUUGCAGUUAGUGCUAACUCGCACUAUGGUUUGAAACUGUUAACCUUGGAAAACCUGCUGAAGUAAAUACAGAUUUUUGAAGAAUUUGUGGCAUUUCUCUGUCUAUGCAAGGUGUAAGAUGUAACUAUUUUAGCAAAAAUGUUUUUAGAAACGUAUCCAAAUCUGCAAUCAUGUGUGUAGAGCCAUUUCAUGUCUGAGUAAAACCAAACAGAUUUGCCAUAAA